AUGUCAGGGGCACAAGGGGCACAACCAAAAGAGUCAAAGACAGCAACAACAUACGAAUCAAUAGAAGGAGGGGAGAACCGUACAAGGACAGAGUUACGUUCAAGGGAGGAUCAAGGUUGCAUUCAAGUGGAUAAGAUGCAAGAGAAGGUGCAUGAUCCUGCUGGCAAAGGUGGUCCUGUUUUUGGUGCUGGCAAAGAUGAUAACAAACAAGACCUUGGAGUUACUGGCACUGGUUAA